GCUUUCACACCGUUAAAGCGAGUUGGCAGCCUUGGUCAUUGUUUUUGUUUUGCUGGCACAGCCAGAGAUAUUAUUGAAUUUAGAAAAUUGAAGAAAUGGAGUCCGAUGGCACGGUUCCAAUGGCGGCCAAAUCGCCAGACUGCCGCACCAGCGGCGAUGGCAUGGAGCAACCGGAAACCCGAGGAACAGCAAAAACAGAGGGGGAAAUUCAGGCCAUUGCUGAUGUGGACAUCAAGGUGAAGAGGCCUCAGUUGUCGCGAAAGGACAGCACAGUUAUUCAGGAGGCUGUCAUGGGCAGGAAGACAUCCGCGAGCAGUGUCCACGCCUCUAAUUUGCCCCUUCCCGGACUGCACACACUAUACAGACGACCGGAGAUCGUCACCCGGAGUUUGGCACCCGUAAUGCCCAAGGGGGAACUUGUCCAGAUGCGUCCACGGCUUGUAGCCAGCACGGAAUCCCUGCCCGAACACAAGAAGACCAAGGCCCCCAAGUUCGUGCCCUUUGAGCCGUAUCCGGGUGCCGUGAACCCCAUGAUCUCCGAGCCAACGAACAAACACAAAAUCCAUCGGGACAAGAACAACCUAGACAUCGCAGUGCUGGUGGAUCAGGUGUCAACGCUGCGCACCCAAGAGCUGGACACGGAACACAGAGAUAUCAAGGAAACCUCCCAGACCAGUAGCAAUGAGUUGGCUUCACUCCAGGAGGAACUGGCCCAGAUGCGCGAAGAAAGGAAUUACUUUCAAGCCCAGUAUAAGUUCCAAACGCAGGUGAACAGCGAACUGAAAAGCUUGCUGGUGGCCUCCGUGGGCGAGGAUCUGCAGACGAGGGUCAAUCUCCUAACUGAGGACAAACUACAACUGGCCAGGGCCCUUCUGGACACCGCCAACAACCUAACCACCCACACCGAGCAGAUUGAGUUCUUGGCAGGGCAAUGCGAGGUGUGGCGGUCAAAGUUCCUUGCCAGCAGUGUCAUGGUCGAGGAACUGGCACGCUGGAAAGCCGAUCUCACCCAAAAGAACCAGCUGCUUAACGAGUCCACCAAACAGCUACUUCACGCCACCCACCAGAUCCGCGAAAUUCAGCUAGACAUGCUCAAGCAGCUAAAGUUCCUGGCCAAGAUUCGCUUCCUGAACUUGCCCGCCACCGAUGUGAUCAGCUUAAGCGCCGAAAACCUGAACAUCCUCCAGCGAAUGGUGCUGCACACGGGCGUGGGCAUUCCUGAGGAGACCCUCAAGCUGUCUAGCGCCAGCACAAGUCCACUUUGCGAGGCGGAGAAGUAUGCAGUUAGGGCUCUGGAAUUCAUCAGUCAGCCCCUGAUGGCCACCGAUGAAGCAAUACGAGCUCUGUUCGACCAGGCCCAGCGUCCCCACUAUGUGCAAUCAGCUGCCACGGACUUGGCUUCCACCGAUAAUCCACAGCCAGAUAAACAUCAAUAAAUCGUCAAUCGUAAGAAAUCAGUGUAACAUGUGUUUAGGACUAUUAAAUUUUGUAUACAAUCAACAAACAUAAA